AUGGGGCUUAUAGACUAUUUGGAUGAAUUAUUAUCAAGAGCCAUGUUUACAUCUGCUACACCAUUUUCAAUUGUGGAAAAUCAGAACUGGUUAAAAUUUUUUAAAACACUUAGACCCACAUAUAAUCCACCAUCAAGAAAAACAAUAUCAACUACCCUAUUGGAAAAAGAAUAUUUAAGAACUUAUAACAAAGUCUAUGAAAAUAUUUUAGAAGCUAAAGUUUAUGCAGUUCAGUUAGAUGGUUGGAGCAAUAUAAGAUUUUUCAAAACAAAAAAAAGAACAUUUUUAACAUCUUGGUUAAACAAAUAUGACUGGUUAGAACAUGAUCAAAUUAAUGAUAAAGCUUUUUGCAAAUUAUGUAAAUCUAUGAGUAGACUGAGUAGUAAUAGCAAUAAUAAUGUUUCUGUAUUUAUCUUGGAGGGCUUUAAUAAUUGGAAAAAAGCGGUGGAAAGGUUUAAUAUGCAUGAACGUUCAGAAUUGCACAAAACAAAUAUUGUUAAAAGUUCUUUUAUUAAAACAAAUGCUAAUGUAUAUGCUCAAAUUUCGGAUAGUCAUAAAAAAUCUAUGGAAGAAUCAAGAUUUGCUUUUGAUAAAAUAUUAUCUUCAAUAGUGUUUUUGGCAAAACAAGGCGUAGCAAUAAGAGGGCAUACUGAUGAAUCUGCAAAUUUCAAUCAGUUAUUAAAACUUCGACCGGAAGAUUCGACUGAAUUAAAAAACUGGUUAGGUAGAACUACUUAUAAAUGGGUUUCCCACGAUAUAACAAAUGAAAUUCUUAACGAAACUAGUGAUAUUACAGUAAAAGAACAAAUUUCAUUUUGUUUAAGAACAGUGGACAAAGAAUCAUUUGAAAUUGAAGAAUAUUUUAUAGGAUUUUAUGAAACACCUAAAACUGAUUCUAAUACUCUUUUCAAUAUUUUAAAAGAUAUUCUAUGUAGAUUAGAGUUGAAUAUUCAUAAUGUUAGAGGACAAUGUUUUGAUGGUGCUAGCAAUGUUUCUGGAAUUCACAAAGGAUUACAAGCUAGAACUAAAGAAAUUGAACCUAGAGCAUUGUUUGUUCACUGUCAAGCUCAUUCUUUAAAUCUUGUUACCCAAGAUAGUAUGCGAAAUGUAGAAAAAGCUAGAGAUAUACUAAAUUUUAUAAGAGAAUUAAUUACAUUUAUCAAACAAUCACUCAAGAGGCUAUCUUGGUUUAAAAUGUUACAAACAGAAGAGAACGUGACUGCUCUAAGACCGUUUUGUCCAACUAGGUGGACGUUACGAUAUUCUAGUUUAUUAUCUGUUAUGGAUAACUAUAAUGAAGUAUUGACAUUUUUAUCGGAUUUUUCAAAAACUGAAAAGAACGAUGCAGGAUGUAAAGCAAAAGGAUUUUUAAAACAAUUAAAAUCUUCAGAUACUUACAUAAUGCUUAAAAUAGUAAUUAAUACUAUUUCAAGUAUGAGAGAUACAUUCAAUAUUUUAUGGAAAUCUACAAAAAACGAAUGGUCAGAUUUAAAACUAGAUCUACCAAAAGAAUCUAGAAAACAAAAAAUGCCUCUUAAAUAUGAUGACAGUACAUCCCAGUCCUUUUUAUUUACACCUGAAAGUAAAUAUAAUAAAAUAUAUAAAAAAAUUAUUGAUCAUAUACUAUCUGGUUUACAAUUAAGAUUUAAUUCUGAAGUUCGAAUGUUUUUAAGUGACGUUGAAAUGUUUUUUAUUGAUCCAAGUAUAUCACCACAAUUAAUUUGCGAAUUUUAUAAAGAUGAUUUAAAUAUUGAUAAACUAAAAUUGCACAGAGAUAUGUUUCAUGAUAUAAUUAGAGGCCAAGGCUUAAAUGUAUCAUCAUUUUCAGAUGUUUUAAAUAUUGCUAAAGAUAAACCACACUUGGUCAUUCAUUUAACCGAGCUAAGAAAAUGCAUACAAUUGAUAUUGACAGUACCAGUCACAACGUGUACUACUGAAAGAUCUUUUUCUAUGUUAAGAAGAUUGAAAAAUUAUAUGAGAAGUACUAUGACAUAA